ACCAGCUUUGCUAAACAAACUUUUUUUUUUUUGACAGAUACUAUUUCCUAAAGUAAGGAUGAUUGUGUAGCCGACCAUGGAGAGACUUUUAUAUUAAACGGUUAUAAUACCUGGUUAAUUAACAAGUGAAGAUUCAAGGUGAGAGUUGAAUUUAAAGGUCAAAAGGUAAAAAUGGAUAACGUGAUCAAACAGGGUGUGUUACGUAAAAUACCAGUCUCUGAUCGACCACUAUCAGGAUUAUUAUCAAAGCUGGAUACACGGAAAUGGUGUGUAUUAGCGUUAAGAAGUGGUGUCCCAUAUUUUGAGUUCUAUUCAAGGGAAGAAGAAAUGUUUACUGGUUCUGGUGGCAGUGUUUUAAAUUUAACCAAAUGUAAACAGAUUACAUAUACCUUAUCGAAAAGAACCAAAACAUUUUCAUUUUGUAUCGUAUUAACGGAUGAUGUUGUUCAACUUGCCGCUGCCUCCAGUAGGAUUAUGUUGAGUUGGGUUCGAACCAUAGAAUUAUGUCUACAAAGACUGGGUAUUUUAGAGCCUCGAGAUGAUAAACAUAUUUACAGUUUCUGCCCUGCUGUAGUUAAUAUCAGGGGCCAUGCUAAAGAUGAGGAGGAAGUAGAGGGAGCUGUUGGAGGGGUCGAGGAGGGAGAGGACAGUAAUCCCUACUCGUUAGCUAAUGAAGAUAUAAACGUGCAAGAUGUCGAAGGUGAAAAUAUAUUUGGUACAAUUAGGGAGGUCGAUGAUCAGGAUGACUCUGCAUCUGAGGAUGAAAAGAAUGAUUUUUUUUUCGACUGGACGAAAGAGCCUGAAUCUAAGCCAAAAAUUGAGAAAACAAAUUGUACACCAGCGCCCAGAAAAGUAAGCGUCGAGGAAACUUCUGGAUCGGAAACUUUUGUGGAUUCUACUUUCUGGGAAAAAAAUAAAAUUCCAAGUAAUCGUGCUUCAUUCGUUCAAAGUAAAAUCCUUGACUCACGAUUUAAAAUCAGUGAUAACAACAACAAUAAUGAUGCUCAAAAUACUGAUUCCGAUAAUGACGAUGGUUAUUGUGGUCUGUCAGAGUUGGCUCAAGCCAGAGCAACGAAACUUUCUAAUGAUGAUAAUGGUGUUACUCUCAGACAAAAUUUGACUUCAAAUGUCAAUAAAGAUAUAUCUAAGACUGUAAUAUCCAAUAAUAAGGCUUCCACAAAUAAAAAUAAUCUUAAUGGUGCAAUAGAGGCAUUAUCUGUCAAUAAUUCAACACAAGCAACAUCAAGCAAUACUGUCUUAGGGGCAAGAGCCUCUCCUUCAUCAAAUUCAACACAAGCGACAUCAAGGAAUACUGUCUUAGGAGCGACAGCCUCUCCUUCAUCAAAUUCAACACAGGCGACAUCAAGCAAUACUGUCUUAGGAGCGAUGGCCUCUCCUUCGACAAACUCCAGUGACAAACUGACUGUGGAUUUAUCAAAAUCUGGUAAAUGUGGAAAGGCAAGUCCUGUUCCAACAAGAAAAGAUAAUCCGUUUGAAAAUGAUUAUGCUCCGUUUCCCACUCAUGCUCCGGUUCCUGAUCUCAUCAGCUUUGACAAUUUUGGUGCUUCAGCCCCUGAACCAGAAACUAACCCGCGGUCUCAAGCUGUUUUUACCUUAGAACCAAUUCUUCCUGUACCAAAACCCAGAAAAAUGAAAACCAACGUAGUUCAAGAUGACAUUAAAGAAACUUCAUCAACUGGAGCAACCAAUCAUAUUGUAGAUAAUAAACUCGAACCAAAAAUAGUCAAUCAUAUUCAAGAUAAAAGACCAGACACAAUUAACACCAAUCAUAAGGUACCAACUGCAGAAAAAUCUGCCAAUCAAAAUGCAGACCCGCAAGAUUUGAUUAAUGAUAACCUUUCUGCAGAAGCUAACUCCUUGGAGAUGUUAGAGAAAGAAGAUGCUGAUUCUACGGAUGAAGAUGAUCAUGAAUAUACAUAUCAAGGGGUUUUUGACGGGGCUGUAAUAGGGGCAGCAGGUUUAGCUCCCCCAUUGUUACCUCCAAGAAUCGACUCACUCCCACAAAAUACACCUAAAUCUGCAUUUCACCCAGCAAAGGAAAACAGCCCAUCAUUUGAUCCCAAAUUUUCUCCAUUAUUGGUAGAUUCGAAAUCCGCAAGUUUUGAUGACCAUCCUUCGCCUCCUCCCCUACCUCGUAGAAAUAAAGUUAAAUCUGAAGAAAUACCCCCUCCAUUACCGAUGAGAAGUAAUAGUGUCCGAUCAGAAAGACCACAAGUUCCACCAAGAGUAUUACCCGAUGGUGUGGUUGAUAUCCGAGCUCCUAAACGUCAGCUAUCGCAAAGGAUGAGAGUCGAUCGUGCCAAGAGUGUCCACACUGUUAUUUCACUCAAACAGAAUCAGAUCGAGAUAUUAAAAGAAGAGAUGUUGAUGUCAGAUAUAAAAAUGAAGAUUCCUGCCAAAUAUAUGGGUGGUCUAGCUUUAGUUGAGGCCUGUAAUAGUGUCUGGAUAGCUGGAUGGAAUGUGGUGGAGUUUCCUCGUCUUCACGGACAGUUCCAUAUCGGAGAUCAAAUAAUCAGUAUAAACAAUGUUCGAAUUAUAUCGGCAACGUCAGUCAUUAAACAGUUUAAACAUUCAGAAUCCACGUAUGUGGACAUUUGUGUUAAGAGGCUGCCGAAAGCCAAGGUGUUUGUGAUCAGAAGAUCAGCAGAAGGCGAGAGUUUGGGGAUGAAACGAGAAAAGGGGACAGCUGAGAUUGUAUAUGUUGCACCUAAUGGUUUGGCUGGUCAACAGAAUCUACACGAGAAACCAAUGAAUUUAUCAGAAACAGGAACCUGUAACUGGUUUAUUACAGAAAUCAACAGUCGACCUUUGAAUUUGUUCUUCAAGGAUAUGGAGAUUGAACAUCGCCUGGGAGCCGUCGGAAGAGAUAUAUCACUCGUGGUACAGCCUUUAGAUUUUAUACAAGACCUGAAAAAACACCUGAAAAAACUCAAAAACUAUAAAUCCUAUCUUAUAACAUAAAUAUAUUCAUCUCAAUAUAAUAUUCAACCCAUUUAUCAUUCAUUACAACACCAGAGACGUUGAUCUGAUCAAUGACUGAUCAUAUAAAAUAUAUCUCGUACCAUAAUAAUAUAUCUCAAACUGCCUAGAAAGAAUGUAAUAUAAUAUUAAAUACACUACCAAUCUGGUUAAAUCACAGAUCCUAUUUCGUUUCGUUUUUAUAGUUCAAAAUUUCGUUUUACUUGUCUUUACUACAUUUGGAUCUGGAAGACUUGUUAUUUAACUCGUGUUCUGCUUGAAAUGAGGGGUCAGCCAAUCAAAUGAUCUGUCAAAUCGAGUGUUUGACCUUUUUUGCCCGGAACUGUGGGUAAUCCACUAGUAACAUCAAUGCUGAUUGGUUAAUCAAAUGUCUGACGUCAUAGGUCAAAAGUCGGUCUUUUGACCCCUGAUGUGAACUAUCGCUAUAAUCGGUCAGAUCUUCAUGUAGUGUAGACCAUCGAAAGUAUAAAAAAACGAAACGAAAUAUAGAUCUAUGUUUUAAUCAGAUUGGUACACUACAACUCUGGUAUCAUUUAGUUGCGUUGUUUUAGCAGGAGUUUCUGUAUUUAAUGUUUAUGUAGCAGGAGGAUCACAUGAUCUACUCCAGGUCGGGGUUGCACAUAAACAGUUGAAACUAAUUAACAACACAACAGUUUAUUCCAGUAUAAAAUACACACUAUAUACACAUAAACAAAACACCAAAGACAGGUGGGGGGUUGGAUGGCUGAAUGGUUAGCGUGCGCGCUGUAUCAUAAAGUCUGUCAUUGAGUCGACUGGCGUGGUUUCGAAUCCCCGGUUGUACGUGGCAAGGAAUAGGGUCGCCUGUCCAACCUCGUGGGUUUUCUCCGGGUCCUCCGGUUUCCUCCCACUGCUAAAGACCCCUACGCGCAAGCGAAUUAUGUAAAUAAAAUUAAAACCAUAUGUUAGUCCCGAAAGGACCUAGUUUGUGUCGAGUGGACGUUAAACCCCAUUUCUCUCUAUCUCUCUCCAAAGACAGGUGCUUUCCAGGCAAAUAAAUACGACCAUAGAGUUGUGCACUUUAUGGACAACACAAUUAGGAACACUUGAAAUAUAUGAUUAAUUGUGCUGUAGCUCAGAAAGAGAGAGAGAGAAAUGGGGUUUAACGUCCCCUCAACACAAACUAGGUCAU